CCUGCGCGCCCGGCUGCCCGCUGCUCUGUGUGUCGGCACCUCGGGACGCGGCCGGGCCGGCAGCCGGAGCGAGCGCGAUGUCGGGCUUCCUGGUGGAGCUGCUGGGCGAGAAGCUGGUGGCCGGCGGCGGCGAGGAGGUGGACGUGCACUCGCUGGGCGCCCGCGGGGUCUCCCUGCUCGGGCUCUACUUCGGCUGCAGCCUGAGCGCCCCCUGCGCGCAGCUCAGCGCCAGCCUGGCCGCCUUCUACAGCCGCCUGCGGGGGGACGCGCCGGGCCCGGGGCCGGGGAGCGGGGGCGCGGGCGCCGCAGCCCCCGCCGGGGCCGCCGCGGCGGAGCCGGAGCCCGAGCCGGAGCCGCGGCGCCGCCUCGAGAUCGUGUUCGUGUCCUCGGACCAGGACCAGCAGCAGUGGCAGGAGUUCGUGCGGGACAUGCCGUGGCUGGCGCUGCCCUACAAGGAGAAGCACCGGAAGCUUAAACUAUGGAACAAAUAUAGAAUUUCCAACAUUCCAUCAUUGAUCUUCGUUGAUGCCACCACAGGGAAGGUCGUGUGCAGAAAUGGGCUGCUGGUGAUCCGAGAUGAUCCAGAAGGUCUGGAAUUCCCUUGGGGGCCCAAGCCCUUCAGUGAAGUCAUUGCUGGGUCUUUGCUUAGAAAUAACGGCCAGUCGCUGGACAGCAGCUGCCUGGAAGGGUCUCAUGUGGGAGUUUACUUCUCUGCCCAUUGGUGUCCGCCUUGCCGAAGUCUCACCCGAGUCCUAGUGGAGUCAUACCGGAAGAUCAAGGAGUCGGGACAGAAAUUUGAGAUUAUUUUUGUUAGCGCCGACAGGUCAGAGGACUCCUUCAAACAGUAUUUCAGCGAGAUGCCUUGGCUCGCCGUCCCCUACACUGAUGAAGCCCGGAGGUCGCGUCUCAACCGACUCUAUGGCAUCCAAGGCAUCCCCACCCUCAUCGUGCUGGACCCAAAGGGAGAGAUGAUCACCCGGCAGGGGCGGGUGGAGGUCCUGAAUGACGAGGACUGCCGAGAGUUUCCCUGGCAUCCCAAACCUGUGCUGGAGCUCUCAGACUCCAACGCCGUGCAGCUCAACGAGGGCCCGUGCCUUGUUCUCUUUGUAGAUUCUGAGGAUGACGGCGAAUCCGAUGCCGCCAAGCAGCUCAUCCGGCCCAUUGCGGAGAAGAUCAUCGCCAAGUACAAAGCCAAAGAGGAGGAGGCCCCGCUUCUGUUCUUUGUGGCAGGAGAGGAUGACAUGACAGACUCCCUGAGAGACUACACCAACCUGCCCGAGGCCGCCCCCCUGCUCACCAUCCUGGACAUGUCAGCCCGAGCCAAGUACGUGAUGGACGUGGAGGAGAUCACGCCCGUCAUUGUGGAGGCCUUUGUGAACGACUUCCUAGCAGAAAAGCUAAAGCCAGAGCCCAUCUAACGGGACCUUGGCCUCCCUGGACAUUAUUUAAAACUCAGCGGCCGCCACCUCCUCUCCCCUUCCUCUGUGCCCUUGGACUUUGCAGCUGUGUUGUUGAUGCACUCACUCCGCCUGAUGUCUGACCUCUUUGUGGUGCCUUUUUUUUCUGAGUUCGGUCCUUCUCGACAGCUCCCUGAGGGGCGCCUCCUUCCAAAUGGUGUCUUAGAGACUGCUUCUGCUCCACUGAUCGUUUAGCCGGGCCAGAACUGGGCUUCUCAAGUGAAAUCCUUUUAAGGGUUUCCUUCCCCCAGGUGAGGCAGCGAGCAGGCAGUCAAUCUGGUCUUCAGCUUCUCAGCAUCCUUUACACCUCUUCAAAGUUACUGCCCCCCCCCACACACACACACGCAUGCAUGAAUACAUACAUAGGGCUCUUCAAGAGAUAGAAGGGUGAUUGUUGGUGGUGUCCAUCUUUAGGUGUUCUUGUCUCUUGGCUAAAGAGAAGGAAGGUCACUACUUACCAACUCUAGGCUUCUUACCAGCAGCCUCCCAAGCCAAGAGGAGGCCUUCAUCAUUACUGGUGGUGAAUAGAGCUGCAGGGAGAACCAAGACACGAGAGUCUCUCUUCUCCCCUCCCCCACUCUCCCCACACAGGGCCCACCUUCUCAUAAGAACAGUCCCCCUCCCGCCUUUAGUUGGACACAUUCUUCUCCCUGGUCCCUUGACUGAAGAAUUUCGCCUUCUGUCCUCAGAGGGGUCCAACAACAUGAGCCCAGACCCUGAUGAAAACUCUUAAGACACAAUCCCCCAGCUAAGAUGGUGUUGGAGAACCCCAUUGGGGUGUCCAUGGCCUGGUGCACUUUUCUAGAGGCUUGUGAGCCUGGAUCUGGCCACUGCUUCACUCACUGUGCCCCUUGGCUCUCACAAGAUGAAAAGCACAAGACACAUCCCUUCCCUAAGAUGAUCUAGCAUGGCCCCCAUCCUUACAGAGAAGGAAAAUGAGGCCCAUAGAGGUGGAGUGACUUUCCCAAGGGCACACAGGUAGUAAGUGGCAGAGUCAGGAUUUAAACCCAGGUCCCCAGACUCUAAAUUCAGUAUUCUUUCCAUGGCAUCUCACUGCUUCCAUCCCACAGUUAAACGUAUGCAUCCAAAAGAGUAGUGUUAUCUGCAGCCAGGCAUUUGAGGCCUCUGGAGAGGGCUGUGCCAGGCCUUCCCCUGCCUUGGGCACAUACUGGCUUUUGGGAAAGAGCCCCCAGUCCCCUGGGGUGACUGCUUAGGGAAGACCCAGCUCCCUAAGAGGAAGCUCGUGACUUUGCUCACCCUUGCUGUGUUUUGUUUCAUGUAGUUCAAAGGGUAGGAAGUUAGUCGGUAAUGAUGGCCCAAGUCUGAAAUGCAGUCACUUAAAAAAUAAAACAGGCACCUCUGGGUUUUUCACUGGUGUGUAGACUUCCUUUGUAAAGGGAGUUGAUGGGUACUUAUCCACCAUCAACUUAACCUGCUUUCAUCCCCUAGCAGUGUUUGUUUGUGUGCUGUUCACACAAGGCUGCUAUGUCUUUUGAAGGGAAAAGAACAAUUCUCAGGAUCCCCGGGAAGAAGACUCCAGGCCACGGGAAUCCCUUCCUUAAGCUCUCCAGAACAGCCAUGGGGAUAUCAGUUCUCCAUGGGCAGAUCCAAUGCUGCAGAAAUGGGACCUGCCCUGACCCCUGACCCCUGGUCCUGAUUUCAGAUCUCUGAGUUUGGGGUGGGCAUUGACUUGCCCAUGGGCAUGCACCCUUCCUUGUUGGAGAUCAGAGAGAAGGGCAGAGACUCAAUAGCAGUAAUGACUGAGAAACUGUUAGCAGAGAGGGCAUGACACCCUGAGUUCCCUGGGAACUACUAGAUAAGGAAAUGUCCUCUUCUGGGGAUAGUCAGCACCAGCUAAGUAGCUUGCCCAGGGACACAGAACCAGUGUCUGGCAGAGGCAGGAACCAAACUCAGGUCUUUCUGGCUUGGAGACCUGCUCCCUGGAUCGGACUGCUUCUCUUAGAGGCUGGUACUUGGAAGCCUUGGGCAAGGCCAGGCCCAACUAGAGAUGGCAGCAGACACUGGUAAUCCCUGCUUACUGGGGAGACUGAAGUCCAGAAUUCUGAGUUUGCAGUAGGCUAAACCAUUUGGGUGUCCACACUAAGUCUAGCACCAAGAAGGUAAGAUCCCUGUCGGGGAGGAGGGAGGGAACCAAUUUACCUAAGGAGGGUCAAACCAGCCUAGGUUGGAAACAGAGUAAAUGGAAGCUCCCAUCCUGAUCAAUAAUAGGAUCAGGCCCCUGAGUAGCUGCUGCACUUUUGAUCUUUGAAGGCUGGGGAUCCUGGCUCUAAUUAAAAAAAAAAAUACAGCCAUCAGAAGCCCCCAAAUCUGUCCUUGGUCUAAAGCUCACCUGGCCUCGGAACGGGAGAGUUCAUGGUUUGCAUUCCAGUGCUGGAGUUUAAAUCUUAAGUGCUGCUCUUGUGGCUGAAUAUUUCCACUGGGGCUGAAAGGGGAGGUAGAGUGUCCUUCACCUGCAUCUUUCCUGCAGCGGAGCAAAGGAUCCUCUAGCCCACUAAGCAGUUGCAUGUCUUCUGAAGCAAAAGGAACAAGGAUUUCUGCCGGGCGAUGCUGGGCUCCCCAGCCCCUGCAGGAGCUCUAAGUGGACACCAGCAAAAACAAAAACUAACCAGGCUAUCUCCAGGGCUCUGCUGGCCUUUCCAGUUCUGACCGAAAUGUACCUGCCAGAUACAUCAGCCGGAAUCUGCUCCAAGGAGUAUAGAGUGUCUUCAGUGAAGCGUGGGUUAGUUUCAGCCACCGCUGAAGGCCCAGCGUGCCUACUCUUCCUCCUAGUGCUUGUGCUCCGUGUGGCGGUUACUAUACAACCACCAAGACCAGAAAAGGGGCCUGGCCUUCCCUUGCCUAAGGGUGAGACAGAUCCAAGGGGUGUUGGAGCAAACAAAGUGGGUGGUCUGAGCAGCUUAGGAAUACUGAAGAAUACUGUAAAAUUUGUGUCACUAAUUAGAAGCAGGUGAAAACAUCUUCUUCACCCUCUCUAAGGGUUUCUGCCAGCAGCCAGGGGAACUUCACCCUGUCCUUAAGAGUCAGGAAGGUGACUGGUUAAACAUGUCACCCCAGGGUUCUCCUGUUUGUGUUCCCCACAAUGACUUCCAGAUCAGAUCUUACCCAUUUACAAGACAAAGGAGAGGUUUUCACAACUGUCACCAGCAAUGAGGAUCUACUUAGCAAAAAUGAUGGUGGGGGAUGGACGGAUGAAUGUGGAGGAGGCAGAGCAGAAAACAGACCCACUGCCUGCAGGGCUGUGGGCUCCCUUUGGUUUGAAAAGAACUGGAAAUGUCAGUUUUCCAUUUCAUGCAGUCAGUGACCCCCUCCCCAAAUGCCAGCAAAAUAUGAACACUUUGGGCACCAUCUUCACUUAGUCAAGAUCCCAAGUUAUGAGGCCGACUGUAUUUUUUCCUUUUGUCUGACUAAGACUCUAAAAAGCUUUUCUUCCCUACCCCUCCACCCCUUCAUUCACACAGCCAUAGCCAGGCCUGUGUUUGUGGCAAUAGAGUGAUUCCCAAGGCAACAGAUUGGAGUCUGUGGCAUCAUAAAGAUUGGGGAAAUGGGCCAGGAACAGAUCAGCUGCACCCGUGUAGCACAAACAAGCACUUUCAAGUUGUUUAUCAUUGCUUGGCUUAGGAAGAAAAAAUGUCUGCUGUCAUAUGUGUUUGUGUUCUGUGCACACACACACAUAACCCCAUGCGUCUGUUAGCAGUGCCAGCUAGAGCAAGGCCAUUCCUCCCCCUCAUUAAGCCAAGGGUACAAGACAGCAAACAAAAUAC